AUGGCUGCAAGCACUGCCACUCCUCCACCAGGAACUCCAACCAACUCGGUCUUUGGCAAUGAUACAGAGAGUGUGGGAUGCUUUCCAGAUGAGGAUGGUUAUCCCGAGAGUAUGGCUGCAUACACACUUGUAGGAAUGAGAAAGCCUAGUGGUUUGCGCAAUGUUGUGGACAUCAUUGAGGUUAGGAGCAGUUCACUCACGCCUCUGCCACCCCCACCUUCGCAAUAUAAUCGUGACACCCUUGUCAAAAUGGAACACGUUGACAUCACCGUGGGCCUCAGCAACAAUUCCGACCAAGACCUUAUGUACUUGGAUGAUGAGGAGGAUGAAGGUGAAGUUGACAAUGGUAAUGAGGUUUUGGUCGUCGAAGAACAGGCCAACCCCACUCAAGCAAGCAAGUGGACAACUCUAACGACGAACGUGGAAGUCGUCAAUAACGAUUCUGAUGAGGCUCCACCCACCAAGUGCAUCAAAACAGAAACCGGAUCGAAGCCUGGAAAGGGCACUGGAGAAGUCACAAAGGCAAAAUACAAGAAUGGUGACCUCCCAGCUGGCUGCCUCAACAACAACGUAUGGCAUGGCGUUUUCAUUCCCACUGUUGCUCAUGCUACUGGCGGAGACAACAUUGAUCCAUGGCUCAUCGAAGAUGAUGCCCUCAUUCCAAUCCUAAAGGAAGCUUGGGCGGUCAUUUAUAAUGGAAAGUCGUCAUUGAUGAACCACGCCAUUGUCCCAGGAAGCGCAGUCUAUCAAGUUACAAAGCAGCGCUUAAGUGAAUGGCGCAGUGGAUUUGGCUCUGCAGCUGUCAUGAUGUUCACAACAUUCAUGGCAGCUGACCCCCUCUACAACAAUGAGGACAGCUGUGCUGAUUUUGCUGAUUUUUGGCUUGAAGACAACAGGUGGCUUUCGCAAACGUUGAAUCAGAUGACAAAAAGGUUUGUCGCAUCUAAUCAUUCCAUGUUCAUCCUGCAAACAUUUGCAGCGCACCUCAACUAUACACAAGGCCGUGUUUCCAUCCCAUCACUUAUGAGCAAGGAGCAAUCUUGUCAAACAGCCCUUGCGCUCUCCGGAGUGGUGGUCAGGUGUGCUCUUCAUCUUCUGUCAACCAAACAGAUGAGCUUCGAGGUCAAGUCCACCAUCACCAAGGGCAAGAAGAAGGCCAUGCAGAAGGGCAAGGGUUCAGCUGCCAACGGGGAGCAAUGGACUGCUGUGAUCAGUGAAAACGAAACUUUUUUGGAGCCACUGUGGGGAUACGACAGCUCAAUGUUUUUGCAGGCAAUCAAUCGCAUUCCCAACAGAAAUAUGACAGCUAUCAUUGAACAGGUGCAACAAUACAUGAAAGCCACCACCACCCGCAGUGGACGGUCGAAGAUGGAUGCCGAGGAAGCUCAAGAUGAGGACAUUGAUGAAGAGUAUGCUGACAUCUUCACCUUUCAUUGA